AUGGCCAAGCGUACAAAGAAGGUUGGAUUGGCCGGCAAAUAUGGUACUCGUUACGGAGCUUCCCUGAGAAAGCAAGCUAAGAAGAUUGAACUAUUGCAACACGCCUCAUACGGAUGCCCCUUCUGUGGAAAGACUGCUACCAGGCGUAAGGCCGUGGGCGUUUGGCAGUGCAAAGGAUGCAAGAAGAAAAUGGCAGGAGGAGCCUGGUCCCUGGUCACAUCGUCAGCCUCGUCAGUCAAGGCAACAAUAGAUCGUCUCAACAAACAGAAACUGGAAACAUCAUAA